UAUUUCAGUUUUGACGGGCAACGAGGAUUCAUUGAGUGGCGUCUGCAAUGUUUAAGAACUAAUUUACACCCUUCUGAUAAAAAGUACAAUAAAAGUGAUGUUAAAAAAGCCUCGAAGACCAAACCCGAACCACUAAAUACUCGUGAUUUGAAUUUUAACGUUCAAGAAAUAAAUAAUUAGAUAUCUAUUUUACAAAGCAAAAAUCCAACAGACCAAAAUAAAGAGCACAUUGUGUUUCUAAUGGAUGCAACCAGGGAAUAUCGACGCCAUUGGAUUGGUAAAGAAAGCCCGACGAUAUCGGAAAUUUUUAAAAAGUUUCCUCGAUUUUUAGAUUACCAUGGAGAACUGAUUGACAGAGAAUUUCAAUCAAUUUAUCCUAAGUCACAAGAUAAUUUAAUAUCAAAAUUUCCUACGCUAUAUACUCAGAAGAUUCUGUUUUAUGCUGAAAAUUUACGACCAGAAAUAUUUGCAGCAUCAGAUAACAUCAAAGAUGAUAAUUUUCGAGCACUAUUAAUUCUGACGGAACUAUUGCCCAUAACAAACGCUGAAAUUUCAAAAAUAAAAAAAGCUGAACAAGUGAAAAAAGAUCAACAGAAGAUAUACGACCAAGAAAACGAAAAAAAUAAAAAAGUCGGGCAAGGAAAAGGAAAGAAACGAAAAUAUGAUGAAUUAGAAAAUGACACUCCAUUAAAAAAAAAAGUGUUUCCAAACGAUGAACUCGUCAAACUUGUAUCAGAAGGGACAAAUGUUGAGGAUUUUGCAAAACAACUUCGACAACAGUCGAACAAAGCUCUACAGCCUUAUUUGAUUACUCAUUCGGGUCAAUCAGUAGACAAAACUUUUAUACAAGGCGAUGGGUGGUUUAUUGGCGUCCAUCCUGCUAGUAAACCUAUCACUUCAUUUGACCUUCUCUACAAGACAUAUUAUGUGUUAAAUGUCGAAUAUCCCGAAAAAUUGAAAAAUUUUUACAAUUUUAUCGAUUAUUAUAUUUUCCAAAUGAAAGUUAAGCCAAAAAGUAUGGUGUCCUCUUUACAUACGAAUAUUGUUAAUUUCAAGAUAGGCACUAAUGACAAGAGUUACAAGAGUAACAAAAAUAACAAUUGUCAGCAUUUGUCUGAGGAUGAUGUUUCGGACUAAAACAUUUUCUUCAUUAGAUUUUACUUU